AUGAAAAAAAGUGUGUACAAGGAUGGAGAUGUGGUGGUUGGUGGGUUUUUCCUUCUUUAUUCACAUACCCACCACUUCAGUAGCUCUCAUCAGAGGCCUAAUAACUUUUACUUAAGGUUUAAACUAAACAAUUACCAACAUGUCCUGGCCUUGGUGUUUGCCAUAGAAGAGAUCAACAGCAAUCUCCACCUUUUGUCCAACAUAUCCCUGGGAUAUGAGUUCCAUAAUGUCGGGCACAGCCAGUGGAGGACAUUGGAGAGUUCCCUCACUUUGCUCACAGGGCAGAGUGAGAUCCCUAACUACACCUGCGGGAGAGGGAGCAAGUCCACAGCAGUUCUUACAGGAACAGCAUGGGAAACAUCUGCCCAGGUUGGAACACUGUUGGAACUCUACAGAUUUCCACAGCUGACCUUCGGCUCUUUUGUCCCUAUGCUGAGGGACAGUGGUCAGUUUUCUUCUGUCUAUCAGAUGUCCCCCAAAGACGCGUUUCUAGCCCUUGGCAUGGUCUCACUGAUGCUUCAUUUCAGCUGGACAUGGGUGGGACUGGUCAUUGCAGAGGGUCAGAAAGGUCUUCAGUUCCUCUCAGACUUGAAGGAAGAGAUGAACAGGAGCAGAAUCUGUGUAGCAUUUGUAAAAAUGAUCUCAAGCACUGCCAUGCUACAUUUCUCAGAUAGACCAACACAUGACUUAUGGACCCAAGAAACAUCACCAGCAAAUGUGGUUAUCAUGUACUUUGAUCCUAGUGAAAGUGAUGCUGGAUUUUACACCGGGCAAUAUUUGGUGACGUGGAGAGUCUGGGUCACAAACUCACAAUGGCAUGCUGCCACCUUUGGAAAUAAUUUGAUAAUUGAUUCUUUUCAUGGAACAAUCAUUUUCUCAAACCAGCGUGAAGAGAUUUCUGGUUUUAAAACUUUUAUCCACACAGCUACGCCUUCAAAAUACCCAGAAGAUAUUUACCUCACUAUGUUCUGGGCCAUCAACUUUGACUGCAUCUUAUCUAAUUUUGACUGUGCAUUGAAGAACUGCCCACCCAAUGCUUCUCUCACCUGUCUGCCUGCCAGUCAUUUUGACCUGACCAUGAGUGAGGAGAGUUACAAUAUAUACAAUGCUGUGUAUGCUGUGGCCCACGCCCUCCAUGGAGUCCUUCUUCAACACGUUCAAAAGCAACCAAGCAAGAAUGGAGAAUGGAAGGGAUUCUCCCCCUGGCAGUUGCACCACUCUCUGAAGGAGCUUCAAUUCACCAGUCCUGCAGGGGACCAAGUGAACAUGGAUGAACGAAGGAAACCGGCUGCAGAGUAUGACAUUCUCAACUUUUGGAAUCUUCCAGAGGGUCUUAGACUUAGAACCAAAGUAGGACGGUUUUCCCCACAUGCUCCACAUGGUCAGCAGUUGUCUUUAAAUGAAGAUGUGAUGGAGUGGGGCACAGGAAUUACAGAGACUCCCCGCUCAGUCUGCAGUGAGAGCUGUAGUCCUGGAUUCAGGAAAUCCCCGCGGGAGGGACUGGCUGUCUGCUGUUUCUCUUGCACCCCCUGCCCAGAGAAUGAGAUCUCCAACGAGACGGAUAUGGAGCAGUGCAUGAAGUGUCCAGACCAUCAGUAUGCCAACACUCAGAGAAUCUGUUGCCUUCCCAAAUCUCUCACUUUUUUGGCUUAUGAAGAUACUUUGGGAAAAGCUCUGGCUGGCACCGCCCUCACUCUCACUGUCCUCACAGCUGCUGUCCUUGGGCUCUUUGUGAAGCACCGACACACUCCCAUUGUCAAGGCCAACAACCGGGCUCUCAGCUACACCCUGCUCAUCUCCCUCACCUGCUGCUUCCUCUGCUCCUUGCUCUUCAUUGGCCGGCCCAGCACAGCCACCUGCAUCCUGCAGCAGACCUCAUUUGGAGUUGUGUUCACUGUGGCUGUUUCCACUGUCUUGGCCAAAACCAUUACUGUGUUGCUGGCCUUUAAGGUGACUGCUCCAGGCAGAAGGAUGAGGCAGUGGCUGGUAUCAGGGGCACCAAACUCCAUCAUCCCCAUCUGCUCCCUGAUCCAACUCACUCUCUGUGGAUUCUGGAUGGGGACAAAUCCACCCUACAUUGACAUUGAUGCUCACUCUGAACAUGGCCACAUCGUCAUCGUGUGCAACAAGGGCUCCCUCACUGCCUUCUACUGUGUGCUGGGAUACCUGGGCUCCCUGUCUCACGCCAUCAUAAUUGCCACCUUCCGAGCAGCUCCGGAAGUCCUCCUUCGUGAGUGUCUUUAA